ACACUUUAAAGACAACAACUACAAAAGCCGCUUAAAAAGUUGCACUCGUUUUCGAGAAAAAGUGAAAAUUUUUAAUAAAAUUUAACAAUUAUUGUGUUAAAAACAUAAUUUAUUUAUUAAUUUCUACAAGCAAACACAUCUAAUACCGAGCAAUAUGUCAUUCAUGAAUCCCGUUGAUAUGGUAGAGGAAGAUGCUGCCGAUUUGCAGUUUCCCAAAGCUCGCCCGGUGACCAAAAGGAAAUGUAAAAAGAAAGUUAUUAAGGCUUUAGUAACACCGGAUACUAAAUAUUUGGUGGCAUCAUACAAUCCGCAACAAUUUAACCAUCGUUUGGAACAGCAAAUCGAACAUACAACUAGUGCCGAAGACUUUAAGCAACUUUGUUGUCAUGAUCAUCAAUGUGCCUAUUGUCGCUUGGCUUUGCAAGAGCCUUAUGUAAAAUGUGCCGAUUGCUCGGCUGAAUUGUGUCUGCAGUGCUUUGCCACUGGCAGGGAAACUUUAAUACAUUAUAAUAAUCAUGCUUAUAUUAUCAUCAAAGAUGAUAUACAAAUAUUUCCCGGUCCGGGCAAGUGGACAGCUAGAGAUGAACGCAUUUUAUUGAAUAGCUUACAAACACAGGGUUAUGGCAAUUGGGAGGCAGUCGCAAAAGCAUUGCAAUAUCGUUUUUCAGUGGCAGAAUGCCGCCAACAUUAUCAUGAUAACUAUUUUGGGGGCAUAUUUGAACGCUUAUUGGGUCUGCAGCAUGCUAGUCAAACAUAUAUGCCCGAAAAUAUGCCCUAUGUGGUAAAAAUGCGCUCUGUAGAUCCACCCCGACAUGAUGACAUCUCUUCUAUGCAAUUCAAAAUGAUGGCUGGUUAUCGUAGUGCACGUGGUGACUUUGAUACACCCUACGAUGUAACAGCUGAAAGUAUUUUAACCACUAUCUUAGAAUCGGAGGAUAUUGUACGUAAUGCCAUAGAAGGAGUUGUUGAUGUUAACACAUGUAUAGAGGAAUUGAAAUUAGCUUUAGUAAGAUCAUAUAAUCAUCGUUUAAGGGAACGUCAACGUCGCUAUAAAAUUAUGCGUGAUCAUGGUUUAAUAAUGGCAAAUCGCUGUCUGGGUUGGAUUACCAAAUAUGCUGAUGCUUUACGUUCCGAACAGAAUUGUAAACGUUUUUUGGCUUUUAUGCAAUUGUGUGAACCCAUACAAUUUGAUUUGCUAAUGGAGGGUUUAAAAUAUUUUAGUGAUUUACAGAAAACCAUAUUUCGCUUAUAUGAACUAAGACAAAAUGGUGUUCGCACCAUGAUUGGUGGAUCUUUAUAUUUCAAAUUGAAAAGGAAACGUUUGUACGAACAAAGGGAAAAAGUAAAAAAUGAGCGUUUACGUGCACAAUAUGAUUGGCGUAAAUUAUUACCAAAUGCCAAUACAACAUUAGAGUCAUUAGGUGGUACAUAUUUUAUAGCACCCACUACAAAUGCUUUGCCGCGUAAGAAAGCUGCUCCCAUGGAUGUAUUUGGUUUACCCGGUUUUGCCAAACUUAGUGAAGAUGAACGUAAACUCUGCAGUGUGGCACGUAUAGUGCCUCAAGCUUAUUUAGAUUAUAAAAAUAUUCUGGUUGCCGAAAAUACUAAAGUGGGACAUUUACGUUUGGCCGAUGCGAGACGUUUAAUAAAAAUCGAUGUUAAUAAGACGCGUCAAAUUUAUGAUUUCCUUAUAGAACAUGGCCAUAUAAAUAAACCUAAUUGAAAUUUAUUUGUAAAUUUCUUUUCGUUUUUUCAUAAUAUUCUUACAUAAAGGCGCUUUUUAUUAUUAUUAAAUGUUAAAAGUUUUAAUU